GAAGUGACGUUUGACAAGGAAGUAGCUGUCGUAUCCGGUCGACGGCAAGUGAUUAGCAAUGGAGAGAAAGAACUCGAACUACAACUUAUCCUAACAAGUACCUGGUGUAGAAAAAAAAAGCACCGCGUUUUUUUUUACCAAUGAAGUCGACCCGUGUUGGACUGAAAUGUCACCUCAAAUGACUCUCAGAUGACUUUCUAGUGGCUUGGACACCUGUGAAUUGAACUGUGUAUGUUUUUUUUUUUACUGUAGGUGGUAUACAUUAUUAACAUGAAUAACAAGUUACUGUUAAGUAUGUUUUUUUACAUUACACUACACAUUAUUUACAUUACAUGUUCAGAUCUGUAACACUAUAAACAAUUGACAAUGUCACUGGGUGAACAAUCACAGAAGUGGUUUCCAACUCAUGUCCAAGCCACUGUUCUUCAAGCCGCGGGUUUACAGCCCAAAGGCAAAAAUGGCACCAAUGAUGCGUUCACUAUCAUCCAGCUGGGGAAGGAAAAGUACUCUACAUCAGUGGCGGAGAAGACACUCAACCCUGUCUGGAGAGAAGAAGCUUCGUUUGAAUUACCAGGGUUACUUUUGCAGGGCAACCCGGAAGUGUAUGAACUGUGCUUCAUUGUUAUGCAUCGGUCAUUGGUCGGGCUGGACAAGUUCCUCGGGCAGAGGACCAUCAAUCUCAAUGAAGCAUUUGACGACAAGGAAAAACAGAAAACUGACUGGUAUAUCCUGAACUCCAAGCCAUCAAAGAAAAAAAAAGAGCGAGGACGUAUCCAAGUCAACAUCAAGUUUAUGCGGAACAACAUGACAGCCAGUAUGUUUGACUUAUCCAUGAAGGAAAAGCCCCGCUCACCUUUCUCUAAACUUAAGGGGAAAAUGAAGGGUCGGAAACAUGACAGUGGUUUAGGUGACACUUCGUCAGCCAUCCUGCCUCACUCUGCUGCUUACAACUCCGAACUCAAUCAUCAGCCCACUGCCUCUAUACCAAAAGCCAAAACUGAUACCAAGCCUAAGAAAUCGCUGCUCUCUGGGGCCCAUAAACUCUCUGCUGCCCAUUCCAUGUCAGAUCUCAUUGGUACCCCCUUUCGCCCCAAACUGGACUCCAUGAACUCCAUAGAGGAAAGGGCUGGCCCUCACAGGCGUUCCCAGAGCGAGGUACCAGGCCUCGAAGACAACGAGGCACACGGUGACCCUUUUACUGAUAUCAGUGACACCCUGCCACAGAAGUAUGCCACGCUCCCACGCAACCGCAACCCUUUUGAGGGGGAGCAAGGGCAGCUGUGGGACCGGGCUGAGCGGAAAGAGAAAAAGGAGAAGGUCAGCCUACUAGAACGCAUGACUGGAAAGAAGGACGGCCGCAAGACUAGCAAUGGGGGUCGCUCUGGCAGUUCUGGAGACCCCAACCCUUUUAGUGGCAAUUCACAAGUGCACACUAACCCUUUCAGCUCUACAUACAAAACAAGUGACAAAAAGUCAGUUGGAAAUGAAGUCAUAACCCCAGGCCAAAGGAGCAGCAACAUCGACGGCAUGAAACAUGCAACAACACAAGCAAAUAUGGCACCCUAUAGAAACAUGUCUUUUGAAGAAGUGGUGCAGGAACUUAUCAAGCAUAAAGAAGUGGUAAAAAAGAAAGAUGCCCAUAUCAGGGAGCUGGAAGAUUACAUAGAUGACCUGCUGGUACGUGUCAUGGAGGAGACGCCAAGCAUACUGCGAACACCCUAUGAACCCAAGAAAAAGGCUGGUAAAAUGGCACAGAGGAGCCCUGCUGGAAUGCUGCUAAGCUGCAGAUGUACCAGCCAAAUUACUCCAGAGGGGGAAUUACCAGGCCAUAAAUCCAGACGUCACAAAGACGACUGUAGCCUAUUUCACGGACUAGGACUAGAACUUGGACUAGGGCUUGGACUAGGGCUUGGACUUGGAUUAGGACUUGGACUUGGACUGAAAACAGCUACAGGUGCAUGCCGUGGUGAAGCUAGCUGUGGUGCAGGUGGAGGUGGCCUAGCUGGGGGUUGCGGUUCGGCGGGCCGAAAGACCGGUGGUGGUGGCCUCGCCGGAGGUUGCGGCUUGGCUGGGUGAAAGACCGACGGUGGUGGCCUCGCCGGAGGUUGCGGCUGGGCUGGGCGCAAACAGCGUUUAA